GCCGACGGCUCAUAUAUAAGCAGCUCCGACCCAAAUUUGCAUUGUCCACGGUCCCAAGAGCCAUUCAAAAAUGACUGAAGGCCACAUUGAACCCAAACCUCAUCCUUCGCUGAAUCUGCCACCUCACGGCUCAAUUGUCACCGUGAAGAUCAUCAACACGACCAGUGACCUAGUGUGCGGUUCAGAUGGUUUCAUCCAACCAGUCCUUGAGGGCCAUGAAGUUCUCAACCUUCCAACUUUCGCUUUCCUUAUCGAGAACGAGACACUCGGCAAGACGAUCUUGUUCGACCUUGGUGCACGGAAGGACUGGUGGAAUUUGGCACCCAGUGUGCAGAAAGUGCUGAAGAUGAGCAUUAAGGGAUGCAAUAUUCGUCAGGGGAUUGAUGAGAUUCUCCAGAAGGGCGGUGUUCCUUUGGGCGAAAUCGAGUCCGUGAUCUGGAGUCAUUGGCACUGGGAUCACUGUGGUGAUAUGUCUUUGUUCCCUGGAUCAACUGAACUCGUCGUAGGCCCAGGCUUCAAAGGCGCCGUGAUGCCUGGAUAUCCGACAAAUCCGAACGGUGUUCUACUUGACAGUGAUUUCGAAGGACGCGAAGUACGGGAGAUUACCUUCGAGUCUGAUUUCAAGAUUGGACAGUAUCCAGCUCAAGACUUCUUCGGCGAUGGCAGCUUCUAUCUCCUCGAUGUACCAGGCCAUGCCGUAGGGCACAUUGCUGGUUUGGCACGGACCACGGCCAAUACAUGGGUCUUUAUGGGCGGAGAUGUCUGCCACUUUGGGGGCUCUUUCCGGCCUACUGCUUAUGCCCCCAUGCCUCAGGAGAUCCCGGCGGACGUACCGAUGGACCCGUGGUUUCCCAAACCCUGCCCGUGUACUUUCUUCACAGAUCUGCAUCCCAACCCGGACAAAGGCCUGGCACGUACCGAACCUUUCUUCCAGGUGACUCAGAAGGAACCGAGUUGGUAUAUCGAUCCUUCUACUGCGCAGCAGAGCAUCGAUAGGCUACAGGACUUUGAUGCAGACGAGAACGUAUUCGUUGCUAUUGCUCAUGAUUCUGGGCUUAUGCCCGUAGUAGAGUGGUUCCCUCAUGGGACAAUGAAUGACUGGAAAGAAAAAGGAUGGAAAGAGGCGAUUCACUGGGGUUUCGUGAAUGAUCUUCCUGUGAAAGGGAAAUCCGCCAAGCCGGAUCUUGCGCCGGGAAGAAUCCGAGACGGCAAGGUGGUCGAGUAAACUCGUGCCGGCUGAGGCUCUGUUAUGACGUAUGCUUACAACUGCUGUUACACCUGAUC